UUGAGAGGCGAGUGGAGCACCUCACCAUCCCUCUCCAUACAACACUACGAGCAGAGCAACCAUCCUGAACACAUUCCUGCAGCAGCCAAAAGCCUCUCUCCAGAAGCACAUGAGAAGCCUGUAAUGGAUAAAGCGAUUUUACAGAUUUGAACCCUUUGUUAUAAUAACUGCAACUAAAGAUCUCAUCGUACAUGCUCUUUCAGAUCUGUACCAGCGCGCAAAGUUCACACAUCUGAAGGAACUUCGGAGAGUGGGAGUUUGGAGGACUCAUUUGAGACUUUCUGAACUGACGCAGGAAUCGUUUUAAUAUCAUUUGCAUUCUUGCAUGAAUCUGUAGGUGAUGAUUUUUUUGGGAUCGUUUUUGCGCAAAGGGAAAUUAUCAGUCUUUGGUACUGCUGUGCUGGGGGUUUUACUUCUGACAAUGAAAAGCAAAUGAGAGCGUUAUCCCUUCACUUUUAUUGACAGCUCAACGACAGGAUGCGGGAGCGGGAACUGCAGCGUGUGGGCAGGAGAUUGCUGCUGUUGGGCAUCUGUCUGCUGUCUCUCUGGGGUCAGCUGAGUCUGGCCUCAACACAUCGCAGCCAUAUUGUGCACGUCAAAGCAGGAACCUGUGAGGUCAUUGCAGCCCACCGCUGCUGUAAUAAGAACAAAAUCGAGGAGCGUUCCCAAACUGUCAAGUGUUCUUGCUUCCCUGGGCAAGUUGCUGGGACAACAAGAGCGGCUCCUUCCUGUGUGGACGCUUCUAUAGUAGCACAGAAGUGGUGGUGUCAAAUGGAGCCGUGUAUGGAGGGCGAAGAGUGUAAGGUGUUGCCGGAUCUAAAAGGUUGGAGCUGCAGCACGGGAAACAAAGUCAAGACGACCAAGGUCACACGAUAAUCUGGGACCAAUAUACAUUUGGGACUAGCAGGUUUAUUUUAUUUAUGUUUUUGAUCAAAGCAAUGGAAAUGAAGAUACAUAGACUUCAGACUACUUCACAACUAUUGGGAUCAAGUUGUUGGACCUCAGUGGACCAUUUGAACACAUGGAAUUGUUUUCUCUUUUUUUCCCCCUUUUAUAUUUUCUCUCUGCCAAACUCCCAUCUUUGCUUUGUAACAGUGUCGGACAAGAUCAUACACCAUGUAAAGUAAAUAUUCCAUAAAAAUCAAGAUGUGGACCAGUUCAGAGACAUUUCUGCGAUUUCAGAACAAUGGAUUACAUUUCCUUUUUGGAGCGAAAGUGGACUUGAAAGGUUUGCUUAAUACUUGAAUCAUAUGUUGCAGAGGCACUAAUAUUCGGUCCCCUAUCCUUUGGUGCCAAUAUUUCUUUCUUCUACUAUGGGCAGACUUUUUGAUCAGUGUGAAGUGUAUGAUUUUUGGGUAUGGUUUUGGGGGCACUCAGCUCCAUUUUGAAACAGACUUGUGCAAGAGCAAGAGGCAAGUAUGACGCUAAGAAUUACAGCUAUUAAUAAUGGAUGGAAAAGUUGAAGUGGUCUACGAGAGCAGUGAAAAAGAAGAUAGCAAAAAGAUUUAUUGUUUGUUUUUAAAAGCCUUGGUGUCAGUAUUUUCUCAAAAUAAAAGUAUCUCUAUGGGAAAUCUCG